AUGGCCCCGAUUGAGAUUCCCCGGGGACGGGCCUCUUUCAAGAAGAGAGAGGGCAUCAUCACAUUGUCCGAAGACAAGACAGCCCUGAUAUGGAGUCCCUUACCGGGCACUGGCCCGCCCGUCAUCUCACUUUCCGUAUCCAACAUCAUAAACCUCCAACAGACUCCCAAGACUAAUCCCAAGGUCGUCUUAAGGGUCGUCGAGAAGCCCAAGGCCCCUGGCGCCGAUCCGGCUGCCUACCCCUUCCAGUUCACACACGGCACCGAAGCCAGGAAUGAGGCCGAUGCUAUCAAAGAUAUUCUCUCUCAGAUCAUUGCUGAGCUUCGUGGUGACGACCCUUCGCUACCCAAGCCGGCAAAGGCUGGCCCUAACGGCGCCGGCGCCUCUGCCGCCAUGGCCAUGGCCAGUGCCGUGAACUCGAAGCAUUUGCCGUUCCGCUGGUUCGAAGACGACAUGCUAAAGGCCGAUGUAGAACUUCAGCAGUCUCUCAUGAAGAAGGAUAAGGCGUUGGCUCAGAUAUACAACGACGCAAAGUCGUCCAAACCAGACUCGUUAUCGGAUACCUCCUUCAACAAUCAGUUCUGGGCCACCCGCAUCACCCUGCUACGUGCAUAUGCCAUCGAGUUGAACCAGAAGAAGGGCUCAUAUAACGUCUUAUCAACAAUCAAGCCACGAACCGAGAAUGGCGAGCUCAAGUUGAACAUCAACCAUGAGCAAGUUCAGCUCAUCUUCCAACAGCAUCCUCUCGUCAAGCGGAUCUACAACGAGAACGUCCCCAAGCUCACAGAAUCUGAGUUCUGGUCCCGCUUCUUCCUCAGUCGCCUAUCCAAGAAGCUCCGGGGCGAGCGCAUCACGGACAACGACAACACCGACCCCUUAUUCGACAAGUAUCUCGAAGCCGACAACACCAUGGCCGUGCCCGCCAAGAUCACCGCUACCAGCGUGCCACCCAUCAUCAACAUCGAAGCCAACGAGGAGAACCAGGGCGGGUUCCGGUCAGGCAACCUCAAAGACGUCGAGAUGCGCCCGCGCGCCAACAUCCCCAUCAUCCGAACCCUCAACUCGCUCUCCGAAAAGAUCAUGGCCAACGUCGCGCCCUCCGACGUCGACCCUUCGGCACCCUCCUACUCCAAAAACGGCAUCGCCGACGCUUUAUCCCAGCAACUCGCCCUGCAGGACCUCCGCGGCGACGCCGAGGCGCAGCUCAUCCGGCUUUCCGUCAAGGACACAUCCACUUUCUUCACCGGCAACCAACCCUCGCUCACAGACCAAGAAGCCGCCGACGCGCGCCUCUACGCCGCCCAAGUGCCCUCGGACGUGCUCUUCGAAGUGCAAGCAGACAUGGACACUCUCCACUCCGACAGCCGGGGCGGUAUAGAUCUGCACCGAUCCAUUGGCGUCGACCCGGACUCCGAGGACGAAAGCACCUCCUUGGAUUCGAAGAAUCCAAAACCGCAACACGUCGGCUCCCGCGCCUCGCUGCGCUUCGCCCAGACGCAAAUCUUAGAUGGCAUGAAAUCUGCCCGCUCUCACCUCACUUCUCACGGAUCCCACACCACAAACGCGUCAGAAGAACGGCCCAUGUCGUUACCCACCGACAUCGCGCAUCGCGCGACACUUACCUGCGCUACCACAGCUGAAUUCCUCAAGCAAUUCUGGACUGUUUUCAACAGCACCUCCACCACCUUGGACCCAGAGAAAGCACAAGAACUAGCCUACCUGGCCGACUCUCUCACCCGCUCCAAGCAACGCAUCGAGGCUUUAGCAGAAGAAGCGGAGAAGCGGAGACAGGAAAUCAUGGAGAAGAGGAAGAGGGAGAUUAGAGAGUAUUAUCAGAAGACGGGGAGGAAGGCGAGGUGGGUCCCUGUGGGAGGAGGGAGGGAUGCGGUGUGGGCGGUUUUUGAGGGCAUGGUGAAGGGGUUGGAGAGGGCGGUGGGGGUUUGGGAGAUGGUUAGUUCGGGAAGAUUGUAG